UGUUAAGGUCAGUAGAAAUGCCGUCGCUUUUGUUCUACGUAUGCAUCGCUUUUUCAUGCACAGAAACGAGUCAACCGAAUAUCCAUAUAAACAAAGAUCGUACCUAAAUCGCAUGUGGAAAAUCAUACAGAAUGUUGCGUUUGAUUGUUGAUAUUGGCUUACUAUUCAUGUUGCUAUUCAGAACAGGAAACGCUAUGCAGUCUGGUAAACAAAAGCUGGUCCGUAGUUUUGAGAAGUACGACAAGCUGCUUGCCCCCGAUGGCCCCGACGGUGAAGCCCUCAAUGUCACCCAUGAUAUCGACCUGAAAAGGAUCAUUAGUUUGGACAACCAAGUUCUUGUUUUGGACACGUUUAUCUCGAUGACUUGGCGGGACGGGCAAUUAGUUUGGGACCCGGCCGAAUAUGACGGCCUGGAGAUGAUCCGCUUGCCCAGUGAACGAGUCUGGCAACCUGACAUCAUGCUGGAAAACAAUGCAAAUCAGUUCCACGGGUUGCAUAGCGGCGACAUUAAUAUGGUCAUCACGUAUGACGGGUUCGUCUUUUACGCGCCCCCUGUGAAAAUCCACUCCUACUGCAAGGUGAACUACGCCAAACUAAAGCAGGGAAACGUCGUGACGUGCAAGCUGACGUUCCUAUCGUGGACGUACGGAGGUGACGUUAUAAAUCUUCUCAGCAAUAACGAUGCGAUAACGACCUCCGAUUUCGACACCCAUUUCAACCCUCAGUGGCAGUACGUGACGUCAAACGUGGAACGUGACGUCAAAUACUACGCAUGUUGUGUUGAGCCCUACAUUAAACUGAAGUACGUCAUCAAACUACGCUAUGUGGGUAACUAACAUACAUGAGAGCAGAGUUCUAUUGGAACCGAAGUGCGUUUUGCAAAGCAUUAUUGUUGAGAAAGUGAAUAUGUUGAAUGCAAACUGUAAACAACAAAAACAGUUUUGUUCCUCUUAACCCAUUUAUGCCCAGUGGACUCUCCCAUCCUUCUAAAUUGGAUCAAUUCAUUUGCAAAAUUAGGGAUGUCUAGUAUAUUUAUUUCUAUAUUAAGAAUAUUUCUUAAAGAAAUUUCUUUAAGCAAACAGCGCAGACCCAGAUGAGACGCCGCAUGAUGCGGCGUCUAAUCUUGGUCUACGCUGUUUGCCAAGUCCUUUUUACUAGACGCUAGGCAUAAAUGGGUUAAUGCUUUGUAGGUAAUAAGAUAUUAUGCUUGCAUACUUACAAACUAGUGAUACAACUUUUGUAAAACAUGCACAUACAGCAAAUGUGUCGUGAGGUUGACAUAUUUUAGUUAUCGUCUUUUUUUAAUGACAGUUGAUAUAGAAUUAUAAUGAAAUAUUAAUUCAAGAAAGUCAUACAGUCAAAUGUCGUUUAUUGAAAAUAAGGUCGGAUUUAUAAUAAUUAUUAAAAAAUAGCUUUCAUAUAGUCAACAUAAAUAAUAAAAGGAUGCUCCGCAAUAUUUAUUUGACAGCUGAUUAUAACUAUUUUUUCAAUAAACUUGAUCAUUAUUAAUUUACACAUUUGUAGUAUGAAUGAUUCUUAGAGACGAUGGAAAUCAAA